AUGGGGUUUGUUAAAGUAGUCAAAAACAAGCAGUAUUUUAAAAGGUACCAAGUGAAAUUCAAGAGGCGUCGUGAAGGAAAAACCGACUAUUACGCCCGUAAACGCUUAAUUGUUCAGGAUAAGAACAAAUACAACACCCCUAAGUACCGGCUCAUUGUUCGUCUCUCCAAUAAAGAUGUAACUUGCCAAAUUGCCUAUUCACGAAUUGAAGGUGACCAUAUUGUCUGUGCUGCUUACUCGCACGAACUUCCUCAAUAUGGUGUUAAGGUAGGCCUUACUAAUUAUGCUGCUGCAUAUUGUACUGGAUUGUUGCUGGCCAGACGUUUGCUACAAAAAUUGGGGCUUGACUCCCUAUACACCGGGGCUACUGAAAUUACUGGUGACGAGUACAAUGUAGAACCUGUGGAUGAUGGACCAGGUGCUUUUAGGUGUUACUUAGAUGUGGGCCUUGCACGUACCACCACAGGAGCUCGCGUAUUUGGAGCAAUGAAAGGGGCUGUGGAUGGUGGUCUUAAUGUCCCACAUUCCAUUAAAAGAUUCCCCGGAUAUGAUGCAGAAUCUAAAAAGUUCAAUGCUGAAGUGCACAGGGCACAUAUAUUUGGUUUACAUGUUGCUGAAUAUAUGCGUAAUCUUGAACAGGAAGAUGAAGAUUCAUUCAAGAGGCAAUUUGGCAAAUACAUCAAACUUGGUGUCAAUGCCGAUGCAAUUGAAACUAUCUACAAAAAAGCACAUGAGGCAAUUCGUGCUGAUCCAUCUCAUAAGAAGAAGGAAGCUAAGAAAGAUAUUGUCAAGCAAAAGAGAUGGAACAAACGCAAAUUGACUCUUGCAGAGAGGAAGAACAGGAUCAAGCAGAAGAAGGAGUCCUUUAUAAAGAAACUGCAGGCUCAGGCAGAAGCU